UAUGCACUUUCUCUCACUUCAAAACAUUUCACUUCACACUUGUUUGUGCGCCGGUGUGCAGAGAGUGCAGCGGGAGAAAGGAAGCUCGCUAGGGUUUCUGCGUUUCCGCCAAAAUGACGAAGUUCAGGAAACUGGGUCGACCCACCGCUCACCGAAUGUCCAUGCUCAGAACCAUGGUCUCGCAAUUGGUGAAGCACGAGCGCAUCGAAACUACUGUGGCCAAGGCCAAAGAGAUCAGAAGACUUGCGGAUAAUAUGGUGCAGCUUGGAAAAGAGGGAUCCCAAUGUGCUGCAAGACGUGCUGCUAGUUUUGUGCGAGGAGAUGAUGUCCUUCACAAGCUGUUUACAGAACUGGCUUAUCGGUACAAGGAUAGAGCUGGUGGAUACACCAGAUUGCUUCGAACCCGUAUUCGAGUUGGUGAUGCUGCACCAAUGGCCUAUAUUGAGUUUAUUGACAGAGAGAAUGAGCUUAGGCAGUCAAAGCCACCAACUCCUCAACCACCACAGAGAGCACCCCUUGAUCCCUGGACACGUUCCCGUCUCAGCAGGCAAUUUGCACCUCCUAAAGAGGAAAAAUCUGGAUCUGAUUUGUGAUUCAUUCGAAUCUAAUGCCAUGUAAUGCCGAUAAUGUGUUUUCCCCCAUAGCGUGGGAUAUCUGGAUUUUGGUCUUAUUGACAAAUGGUUUGAAAAAAUAAAUCUAUUUUCUGCUUAUUACUAGAGAAAAAUGUUCAUUGCUAUGUAAGAAUUAUUUGACUGAAUCUGUAACUGAGAAAGGAAAAGAAAAAUCUGAUGACACCUUUAUCUCUGUA